AAAAGAAGAGAGUCUAUCACAUAUCAAAUUCGAAGAUUAGCGGCGCCCAUACUUGUUCCAGUUUCAACUAUAUAUAGCCUUCUUCUCGCAUUUAAUUCAGCACUUCAUUUACUCUCUCUUUCUGUCUUCCCUUUUUUUCUUUAGCACAGUAGGCUACCUGCCUCAUUUGCAAGAAUUCUCAUUGAGAGAUUCAGAUCUACAACAACCCACUAAUUUUGUUGUAUAGUUUCUCUGUGUGUGUAUGAGAAAGUGAAAAAACAUGAAGGGGUUGAGUGGAGAUUUACUCAGGUCCACUACUGUUAUCAAAGUGUUGGCUUUCGUGUUCUUAGCCGUCGCUUUCUUCUACUUCGGCAAACAUUGGUCUGAUGGAUCGUCUCAACAGCUCCUUUUCUUCAAUUCGCGCCAAAACCCAUCUGGGCUCAUCUCUCCUUCAGCUGUUUCUCUUUCCUCCAAUUUCAAUAAAACUUAUGAUUUAUCCACUGUUAUUAACGAUACCAACAGACAGCAAGCGGGUGAAGUUUCAAUUCCGCCACCGCCGGCGGUUACUUUGUCUCCUUCCCCACCGCCACCGUCGGCGGUGCAGCAUAUGGGUUUAUUGGACGAGAAUGGAGUAAUGAAGGAAGAUUUCGCGGUGGGGGAUUAUGAUCCGGAUGUUGUGGAGAAUUGGCCGGGUGUUGGAAACGAGACAGAUUUGUCGGAAAACAAUAAGGUUGUUAAGGUUAAGAAAUUCGGGCUCUGUCCUGAGAGUAUGAGGGAGUACAUUCCGUGCCUUGACAAUGUGGAGGCUAUCCAAAAGCUGAAUUCAACGGAGAAAGGUGAUAAAUUCGAACGGCAUUGUCCUGAAAAAGAUAAGGGGUUGAAUUGCUUGGUUCCUGCACCUAGAGGUUACCAAGCUCCAAUUCCAUGGCCCAGGAGCCGUGAUGAGGUUUGGUUCAGCAAUGUUCCCCAUGCACGUCUAGUUGAAGAUAAAGGGGGUCAAAAUUGGAUCACCAUAGACAAGGACAAGUUCAAAUUUCCUGGUGGCGGCACCCAGUUCAUACAUGGAGCUGAUCAGUAUUUGGAUCAGAUUGAGAAGAUGGUCCCUGAAAUUGCAUUUGGUCGUCAUACCCGAGUUGCUUUGGAUAUUGGUUGCGGCGUAGCAAGCUUUGGUGCUUAUUUACUAUCACGGAAUGUGCUCGCUCUGUCAAUUGCUCCAAAAGAUGUUCAUGAAAACCAGAUUCAAUUUGCUCUUGAGCGCGGGGUGCCUGCAAUGGUGGCUGCAUUUGCAACACAUCGGUUAAUGUAUCCCAGCCAGGCAUUUGAAUUAAUCCAUUGUUCAAGGUGUAGGAUCAAUUGGACUCGUGAUGAUGGUAUUUUACUAUUGGAGGUGAACAGGAUGCUCCGUGCCGGAGGAUAUUUUGUUUGGGCUGCACAACCCGUUUAUAAGCAUGAAGCUGCCCUAGAAGAACAAUGGGAAGAGAUGGUUAAUCUAACAACCCGUCUUUGCUGGAAGCUUGUGAAGAAGGAAGGUUAUAUUGCAAUAUGGCAGAAGCCUUUAAACAACAGUUGCUAUUUAAGCCGCGAAGAAGGAUCCCAACCGCCGCUUUGUGAUCCACAGGAUGAUCCAGACAAUGUUUGGUAUGUUGAUCUGAAAGCUUGUAUUACGAGACUACCAGAAGAAGGAUAUGGUGCAAAUAUUACCACAUGGCCUUCACGCCUUCACGAUCCACCAGAGAGGCUCCAGAGCAUACAACUUGAUGCAUAUAUAUCUAGAAAAGAGCUUUUCAGGGCAGAGUCAAGAUUCUGGAAAGAAAUAAUUGAAAGUUAUGUCCGUGCCUUGCACUGGAAGAACUUCAAACUUAGAAAUGUGUUGGAUAUGCGAGCUGGUUUUGGAGGAUUUGCUGCAGCAUUGGUUGAAAAUCAACUGGAUUGCUGGGUUCUAAAUGUUGUCCCUGUUAGUGGCCGAAAUACCUUACCCAUCAUAUAUGACCGUGGACUACUUGGAGUCAUGCAUGACUGGUGUGAACCAUUUGAUACUUACCCAAGAACAUAUGACUUGUUGCAUGCGCAUGGUCUCUUCUCCAUUGAAAGGAAAAGAUGCAACAUAUCCACAAUCAUGCUUGAAAUGGAUCGGUUAUUAAGACCUGGUGGACGGAUAUACAUCCGUGAUUCUCUUGCUGUUAUGGAUGAACUUCAGGAAGUUGGAAAAGCCAUGGGUUGGCACGUAUCUCUGAGGGACACAUCUGAGGGUCCUCAUGCAAGUUACAGGAUUUUGACAUGUGACAAACGUCUUUUACGAGCCUGAGUUGAUGAGUACUUGAGUUGAAAGGGGAAAUCAAACAAUGUCUGGUCAUGCGCUUUCAUUGGAAGAGCAGGAGACAGUAUGGAAAGUGUAGGGACUAAUUGCUCAACUCCAUUAAUAUAUAUUGAUGUGGAUAGACUGUGAUUAUUCAGAGCUUCAUCGUUCUGCAAUAAAUGGAGCUGAAGGGGAUGGCUGCCCUACGUAACGCAUGCUGUUUUUAGAACCACGUAUCCUAUAAUGAGGCAGUUCAUGUGCAGCUAGCCCACUGUAGUGAAAACAUUUUUUGGUUUGCAUUCAAAGAAAUUUACUCUCCAGUUAUCAAUUUUAUUCAUUUACUUUAAUUUUUAUUAUGAUAGGCACAGAAGUUACUUGCAUCAUUGUGUUGAUAAUGUCACCAUCUCUUUCCAUUCAUUGCUGUUGCUGCUCGUAAUUGUGAUGAUGAAUAUGUAUCCAGCUCUAAAUUCACCUGUAGCAGAUGUACUGAAGUUAGAUUAAUCUCAAGGAGCAAAUUAUUUUA